CGGUUCGCACAUUCUUCUCCUGGCAUCGCGACUCGAUGGCUGCUGAUUCUCAACCCUCGGCACCACACCAUGUCAAUCUCGAACGGCAACCGACAAUUGGCAAGAUUUGUGGCCAGGUGCUAUCAGAAAACAACCACCUGGGAGAGACCCCGWGAGAUCCAUCGGCGGUUCAAGCAUUGCGGUCGUCAACGGCACCGGCCGACACUGCGUUGCGGUCAGAAUUUCUCUUUUUCUCCCCUUUCCUCCCUGUUGCCACCCCGAUUUUUGGAGGCAGCCGACGAGGACCCAUUCGGUGACAAAGACCAUCGCAGGUAUUUCACGACGACGGAUUCUCCCGUUGCGACCCAUCAAUCCGAAACCGCGCGGGAGACCGCAAAACCAACCGGAGCGAGCGGUGGAUCAGCGGAGGCACCUGCCACCAAGAACCCCCGACUUUCCCGAAAGGAAUCCACGCAUGCCGACACACGAACGACCGGCGGAACGACUUCCACGAUCAUCGAGCCGUCGGUUCGCAGCCGGCCCUUUCGCAACUAUCGGAGCAAAGCGGGUUCCACCCACGGCAGCAGCGAGCCGARAGAGGAAGGUGCCUCGAACAAACGCUUUCGGCGCUCCGCUCCCCCCGCCUACAAACGAAUCCUUGUCAAUACGCUCCAAAACCAUCUCUUCGACGACCGAGCGGAGCCGCGGGAGCAACACCGCGAGUCCCUUGGCGGCCCGCCGUCCUCGGUCGGUGCCCGGCAAGCGGACACAACUUCCUACGGAUCGUAUCCGGUCAUCGGAAUCCAGGUCGCGCGGUCCAUCGAUCUGUCCGAGGUGUCUUCCGGCGUCUUGGCCACCAGGGGGGUCCGCAAGACGAGGGAGCGACUCAGCGUCGUUGCCCAGCUCGGACCCAAGGCGGCCCCAACCACCCACCCCGCAACCCCGGCGGCGAAGCGAGGCGACGAAACCGCCAGGUUCGUGGCCGUCUUCCGUUUCGGGUCGGURGUCUUUUUCAACGUGUCGCCGAAAGAGGUCGCCGAGCUCGUGGACGAGAUCAAGCGGUGUUCGACKGGGAGCCUGCCGCCGGAAAAAGAGAGGAAGGACCGGUUUUGCGUCCACGUGCAGCCGCCGCAGGCGCCUUGUGUCGUCGGCGAAGGGAGCACUUGCAGCGAURGCUUCGACGACGAGGACGUGGUGACGGCCGAUUAUUGCAUCGUUCACGAACUCAACAUGAAAUCGGUGGACGUCAUCAGCAACAUCAUGGCGCAGAGCGUAGCGCUGGAUGCCUAUAACGACACGGUAGACGAGUUACUAGCAGACUUUGAGCGCAUCAACAACAAGGUUACUAUCGAAGGGAAYCUUAGCCAUACCGACCGUGACAAGAUGUUUCGGGCGGUCGCCCAAAACAAUGCCAUCUUCUUGAAGCUCACCAAGGUCGGGAUCAAGGACCGCGACAACACGGCGUGGAACCUGAGCCAAUACGAGAACAUCAGCGAGCUGAUGCGGGAAGAAUUCGACAUCGACCGCCGGUUCGAGCACAUCGAAUUCAAGCUGAACCUGAUACAGCAGAACGCCAAGUUCUUUCUGGAAGUCCUCGCCAACCAAAAGAGCGAUUCUCUGGAGUGGAUCAUCAUCGUUCUCAUUCUGCUGGAAUGCGUUCUCAUGUGCGUCGAAAUGAGCGGCAUGGGCGAGCCGCUGUUUGGCUAUCUGGGACAGUUCGUUCCGAAACUCCCGUCCUUUUCCUAGCCAGGCAGGCCAAGUACAAGAGAGUGCCCCAACACGACAA